CUUGCUGCAGAGAAAAAAACAGCAACUGCUGGUGGACAAGAUGGGGCAGAGGAUGAGCAUGUACACAGGAGUGUUCACUGAGGAGGAGUUUCGUUCACUGGGUAUCAUGGCACCGUUUGUGGUGGAUGAGGUUUUCAUUCAUGUGGACCGCAGCUUCUUUAUCGACAAUCUGGAUUACCUCCUGGGACUCUGCUACAGCACGAGCAAGAUGGACCUGGUGGCUCGGAUCCUGAAAGAACCUGAUGUCUUUGGCCCCGUGAAGAACUGGAACCAGGCAACUCUCAGUCAGGUGGACCGGUUCCUCUUCUUCCUGCCUGAGAGCAGUCUGCAGGACAUCUCCAUGGCGUUGAUGACUCUGGGACAUAUAGAGAAGCUGUUCAUGAUGCAGCGUCGGUGGGAAGACGGGCCUGUGGGAAGUCGUUGUUUAAACAAGAAAGAGAGGACGGACUUUUUUCUCAAGCAGCAGUUUGUUCUUCAGUUUUUCCUGGGUUUCCUCAAAAUAAAUCCUCUGUCACCGACUCCGAUGGUUCCUACCUGUGAGAUUCUGCACUCCAUCACUCCGGCUGCCUGGACCUCCAGCAGCCUGACGAGCAUGUCUUCAUCUGCCUUCACCAACUGUCUGGAGCUGAUGGGUCACGACCCGUUCCUCGAAUCCUACAAACACAACCAGCUGCUCCAAAAGGUCAAACAGAUGUAUGGCCCCGUCUCGUCCUUCUCCCAGCCUCUGAUCUCUCAGCUGGGUGGACUAGCAUUAAAGCUGACAGUAGACGAGCUGAGCAGCCUUCGAUUGACUGAGCGGAGGAGCAUCGCUGCUCUGGGUGCUGUCAGUGACUGGAGCAACAGACAGCUGGCUGCUCUCUUUACCACCGUGUUGAACUCCACCAAACAGACUCCCAGUCAGCUGGACUCCAGCACACUGGUGGCCAUGGGACACAUCGUGUGUGGAGCUAAAGACACAGAUAUCAAAUCUUUCAAUGCUGUUGAGUUCAGUAAAGCAGUGCUCUUUCUGGGUCAGUUGACGCUCUCCUGCUCAGAGGAGCAGCUCGAUGCUCUGGUCAGGCUGCUCACACACAGUCUUGCUUUUGGACCCAUUAGUUCGUGGGGGACUGAUGUCUUCAUUGAGAUCGGGGUUCUGGCAGCUGGUCUCCCAGACUUUGCCAUGUCAGCUUUGGUGAAAGAGCAAAUUGAAGGAAUUACGCCCUUGGCUAUCUCAAUGAUAUCGACUCUACGGUUCAGCGUUGCUUUAAACCACAUCCAGAUGAGCGUGUUCUCCUACGAGCAGGCAGCUGCAGUGACACCAGAGCAGUUCUCCGCUCUGUCAGACGUUCAGCGGACGGCUCUCGCCAUGGCGCUGACUCCCUGGGAGAACAGGCCCGUGGACUUCAGAGGGAAGUCACUGGGGCUGGCGCUGAGCCACAGUCCUCUGUGUCUCGUACUGGGACUGCUGAUACUGCUGAUCGUCCUGCCCUGCCCUGAUCUGCCCGGGCGCAUGACCCCGCUCACCCCUGCUGGAUCAGGAGACACCUCUUCACCCACAUAACCAAUACAAUCUCACUGAUCUGUGCAAACUGUUCCUCCAAGAUAAUAAGCAGCACUUAAGGAUGUUUAAAUAUAAAGUGUUCAGUGAUACUGUUUUUUUUUUUGCAGUUGUCACUUUGAAUUAUCAACAUUGAUUCAGAGAACUAAGAGAAAAAAUAAACAUGUUCAGUGUAUAAACAACAUAUCCACCAACACCCAUAGAAUUAUUGUCUUUUCACUUUUCAUUUCCUUUAUUUAAAUGUUAUUAACCUGUAUGAACUCCUGGUGCAUCUUUCUCAGGGAUGUGACGCCCUACCAUGGUAAGAAAUGGUCAAGUUAAUAUACAGUUAUUUAUUAACAGUUCAAAGUUGUGUUGCAAACCUACAGAGUUCUAUAUUUUUGUGAAGGAUGUAAUAUUUUUAUCAGAGCGUUAAUCUUUCCCACAUUUAUAUUUUGAUCAAGUGAUAACAUGUUCAUAUUGCUCAGUGAGACCCACUUGUGUUAAUACUUCAGUGUAUUUUGCUGUGAGUUUUGUAUUGUUGUGCACACUCUGUGGUGUGAUUAAUAUAGAUGUAAAUUAUUAAAGUGAACCACUCUGCCUCUGA